CAAGAGAUACAUGUGGGGGAGAUAUAAGCUAUUUCGUAACGUCUUGUAGUUCGUUUUGUUAUUAUUUCGCUAGUUUUAGUUGUUUUGCGUUUUCUUAGUAUAUUGUAGAUCUAAGGUGACAAUGGAUACGGCAAAUGUGGGAUAUUCCUACAAUCUUCCUACCGCAGGAUGGAAUUACAAGAUACGGAACACUUUGUCCCAAUUCAGUGACUUAUUUAGUGAAUUUAAUAAAUAUAUUGCGCCCGCUUAUCAUCAUGAUCGAUGUGAGAGGUCCGUGCCAAUGAGGAUCUACUCGAUGCACAAAGGGGAGUUUGUGAUGGUUUUUAUAGCAUUUUUUGCUUGUUUCGGCCUAGGUGUCUUCAUAGGACUAGCUGGUCCUUCUCCGACGUCGUUGACGUCAGUGGCGGGAAGUAGUGUGCUCGCUAAUGCGAGCGAAGUGUUCCGCGGGCCGUACCCGCUGCGCAGCCCCGCGCUCGGCACGCGCGCUCAGCAACUCUGGCUCUUCGCUGAGAUACUUACCAACAAUAAUGACGAGGAAAUAUUCGACAAAAGUUUUCAGAUUAGCAUAUCUAUAGAUGGAGUACUGAGUGAUCAUUCUGCAACUACUUUGCUGCCCGAAUCCGAAGGCACGAAUAGAACACAGCAUCUUAAAUGUAAGAAGCAGAUAUGUGAAGAGGUGAUGGUGUUACAUUUGGGCAGCUUGGAAUUCACGCAUUACGUUCUUAACUUACGAUUCUACGGAUUACAGGAAUUCCAUAAACGUUACUUUAUACGAGAAAUUGUAUUCUACUUUAAAACGUACAAUCCAGCGUUUACACAAAUGGAGACGUGGUUUCGAUUUAUUUUUUUACUGACAACAUUUACAGUAGCGUGUUGGUUCGCACAUUCGCUAAGGAAAUACUCCACACAAGAUUGGGCAAUAGAACAAAAGUGGUUGUCGAUACUGCUGCCCUUGCUUCUUCUUUACAAUGACCCAUUAUUCCCGUUGCGAUUGGUGUCAACGGGGUGUUUCGCACCAUUUAUCGAUACGGUUUUCCAAUCGAUGUUCCUCGCGUGCGUCCUUUUGUCCUGGCUCGCUCUAUAUCAUGGACUAAGACAAAAUGAAAGAGGUUUCUUGUCAUUUUAUUUGUUCAAAUUAAUAGUAGUUGGACUCGUGUGGAUGCCCGUUAUGAUCAUCACAGUCUGGCAAAAAUAUUACGCGUUUUACGAUCCAACUUUUAACUACACUAUGAAUACUAAUUAUCCGGUCAUCAAGAUCGUAUUCUUCGGCGCCAUCGUUCUAUAUUCCUUAUACUUGAUCGUUCUGAUUAUCAAAGCAUACAGUGAUUUGCGGAAUAUGCCUUUCUUCGGUAAGUUUUACGCCCUGCGUUCACUUUGCUGUAUACAGAAGAAUUUUAAGACAAGUAGAAAUGAGUUCUGUCGUUUUCCAGACAUAAGACUCCGCUGCCUGUCUAUAGUAGUCGCUACUGUGACGACUAUAACAACAUUACUGGCGCUGCAGUCGUGGGGGCCCGCCGCCCUGCAGGACCACUGGGCCGCGCAGCCCAAGGUCGCCUACGAUACGUCCGCACCAUUCAUGGCCCUCUAUGGCCUUUUUAACUUUAAAAUGUAUCUAUUAGCAUAUCUCUUCUCGCCUGGCAUUGGAUCCAUUCACGAAUCGGCCAUAACCAAAGACAAUCCGGCGUUCUCUAUGAUCAACGAUUCGGACGAAGAAGUUAUCUAUGGUUCCGAUGAGGAAAGCCGACGGCCGUUGAAUUCGCAUCGCAGAGUCAGCCACGAAGAAAUUUAAAGUCCAUAGUAUUUUCCUUAAAUGUAUGUUUUCUUGUUAUAAAAUUAUACAUCGUAAUUCGUUUCAUUUUGUUAUAUUGUAUUCAUCCUUCUUCGCACAAAUAACUUACUGACGUUCUAGUAUGUUCUAACAAUAAAAGGGGUUGAGAGGCACAUACAAAAUACCCUUUUUUAAGAUUUUUGUCUGAGAGAUAACAUGCCCUUCAUCAACAUUAACAAUACUGCAAUUUAGACAGUAAAGUCAACCACCUAUAUUUUUCCAAAAAAAAUCUGUGAAAGAGUUUAAAAAGUAUAACACGUUUUAAACUCUUUCACAGAAUAUAGCAAUUGGUAGGUAGUCUGAAGAUUUUCUCUAUAUGUGAAAGUCAUUUCAUUAGCUUUUUAGAAUUGCCAGAAAUGAAGCUAGAUGGCGCAUUGCUCACCAAUUAAGUAUUUUGUAUGUUAUAUAAAAAUCGAUCGAUCUAUAUUAUU